AUGUCUCGUUUAUCAAUCUUAGCUAUUGUCUUUCUCUUCUGCAUUGCAUCCUCUAAUGCAGCUGUUGAUAUACAAGCCAUUUGUCAGAAAGCCAAAAACCCUACAUUUUGUACAAAUCUUCUCACCCCGAAAGCCGGAGGAGACCUCAGCAGUCUAGCGCAAUACACCCUCGAUGUAACACGUACUGAUGUGUCCAACACCGUUAGUCUACUCAAAACCCUAAUUGGUAAAAGUGGUGUUGAUCCGAAGCUACAAACUCAUUACAAGGAAUGUUUGGAUCAUUUUGAUGAGGAACAAGCUCUUGGUGAUGUUUUGGAAGCUAUACAACUUUUGAAAAGUCUUGAUUACAAUGGUGUGAGUGUACAUCUUAGUGCUGUUAUGACUGAUGUUGAUGAAUGUCUUAGCGAUGAAUCACCUCCAGAUAACUCUGAUCUUCCCAAGAGUGCUGAAACUGUCUACCAAGUUUCUCAGAUUAGUCUUAUCAUUUCGAAUUUGUUGGCACAGAAAUAG